AUGAAGGCUACCCAGGAUAGGCAAAAGAGCUAUGUUGAUCGUCGAAGAAGGGCCCUCGAGUUUGAAGUUGGCGACUGGGUCUAUCUUAAAGUAUCGCCCAUGAAAGGAGUCUUUCGGUUUGGAAAGAAAGGGAAGUUAAGUCUAAGAUACGUGGGACCAUAUGAGAUUCUAGAGAAAGUAGGAGCAGUCGUUUACAGGCUGGAUCUUCCCACUGAAUUGCAAGGAAGGAACCAUAAUGUUUUCCAUGUAUCUUCUCUCAAGAAGAGUUUCGAAAAGCAAAUUCCAAUCGUUGUAGACACGAGGGAUAUUUCACUUCAGCCCAACCUAACCUACGAGGAAGUCCCAAUUCAGAUCACUGAUUGGAAGGAUAAGGAACUACGAAAUCGUAAAAUCCCCUUGGUUAUGGUUUUGUGGCGAAAUCAUGAUGUUGAAGAGGCCACAUGGGAAAAAGAAGCUGACAUGAGAACCAAAUACCCUUAUUUGUUUGGCAUGUGA